AUGAGUCAUAGUUGCAAGUCAUGCGACUCACCUGUAAAUGGGAUUGAGAAAUUUGCAUUCCGCGGCCAUUGCGGAUCGGUUUACCACCGCACCUGUAUUCUCGGUAUGCAGCGAUCCGCACUAGACCUAUUGUCAAGUUUCAAAAACAAGCUGUAUUGGCUGUGUGACGAUUGUGCUCGCUGUUUCAACGAGUGGGUGCAGAAAUCCGAUUCCGUUGCUCCCAUUGUGGACUCAAAAAAAUUAUGUGAGGCUGUAGAUAAUUUAAACGCUGUCGUCUCCAAUCUCUCGAGCCGGAUUGAAACUAACUUUCCGGUCAUUUCUGGUUCUGUGGCUCAAAGGGGACUGGUCGUCAUGCGACUUCCAGGGGAUCUGCCCACUCCGAAACGAAGUCGCGAGAAUAAUGCAACAAUUCGUGCCACUGCAGCCGCUGUCUGUGGUACUAGAGCCAUUCAGCGGGAAAUCAAAACUGUUGCGGAUGAGCGGGAGCAGUUUUGGGUCUAUUUGAGCCGUCUCGACCUGAGCCAUACAGUGGAAGAAAUUGUUGCUUUGACCCAGGAAUGCCUCGGAAAAAGCGACACACCCAAAGCAGCAUUGUUGGUCAAGAAGGAUACUGAUAUCACGAAACUCAACUUCAUUUCCUUCCGAGUCGAGCUUCCGAGCGGACUGAAGGACACUGCACGCAAAGCGUCUACUUGGCCGACUGGAGUACUUGUUCGGGAGUUCAAUUUCGACCAGCCAAAGCCGGAUAGAUUUCGCUAA